AUGAGAAGUUCUUCCCUCUCUUCCUCCUCUUCCUCUUCCUCUUCCUCCUCCUCCUCCUCCUCUUCGUCUUCAUACUCCUCUUCAUUUGAGAGUUCAGGUGGAACUUGUCUGAACGGAGGAACCUCGGUCCCAUCACUGAGUGGGGAACACAUGUUCUGUUUGUGUGCUGAUGGUUUCGAGGGAAGAAGCUGUGAAACAGUCGAAGGUCGUCAGUGCUACGACGGCGUGGGACUGUACUACAGAGGACGAGUGUCCCAGUCCCAGAGUGGACGGACAUGUGAGGAGUGGGAUUCAGAAACCAGAGAGAGAUUCAUGGCAUCCGACGUCAAAGCAGGGAGACACAACUACUGCAGAAAUCUUUACUUCAAACGACGUCCGUGGUGUCAUGUUCUGAAGAACCAUCAGCUGCAGCGGGAGUAUUGUGAUAUUCCACGUUGUAGCUCAGAGUCACUUCCAGCUUCACCUUCACCAGGAUCCACAGAUCUGCCAGCUUUGUUGAAUCCUGCAGCUGCAGAAUGUGGCCGGCGCACCAGACCAAAGCAAACCAAGAUCGUGGGCGGAACAGUUGCCACAUUGGAAUCACACCCGUGGGUCGCUGCCAUAUUCUAUCGCAGCAAAUCCAAGGAGAAGGUUUUCCGCUGCGGUGGGAGUCUGAUCUCUGCCUGCUGGCUCCUCACCGCCGCCCACUGCUUCCCCGACGGUUCCCAGACCAAAGAGCGGCGCUUCUCCGUCGCUCUGGGGAAGAACGCCCUGAACGAGAGUGACUCCAGCGAGCAGACGUUCAGAGUCGAGAAGAUCAUCGUCCACGAAGCCUUCGACAGCAGUGAGGGCAGCUUCGACCACGACAUCGCGCUGGUGAAGCUGAGGCCUCGAGGUGGUCAGUGUGCGGUGGAGAGCAACAUGGUGAAGCUCGUCUGUCUGCCGCCGCCUCUGCAGAACCUCCAGCCCGGGGUCACCUGUGAGAUCGCUGGAUACGGGAAAGAGAGCCAAGGGCUGUGGUACCGGUCUCAGCUCCUCCGGGAGGCUCAGGUGAACCUCUUCACCGACGACGUGUGUCGACAGUAUUACGAAAACAUGAUCACCGACAACAUGUUUUGUGCCGGUCGACCCGACUGGAGCCAGGACGCCUGCGAGGGAGACUCGGGCGGGCCGCUGGUGUGCGAGCUCGACCACCGGCUCUUUCUGUUCGGGGUCAUCAGCUGGGGCGACGGCUGCGCCAUGGAGUUCCGACCCGGCGUCUACACCCGGGUGACCAACUACAACGGAUGGAUAGAAGAGAAGACGGGUCUGAGGUCCCUCAGCGCCGGAGCCCGGUUCCCUCAGGACCUUCCAACAGAUUCAAGUGUAACCGUGGAAAAAUCCGCUGCUUAA